CGCCGAGUUACUGGUCGCCGUAAUAUUAGACGUACAGUAACAGACUUGGAAGUGUCCGCAUACCUUCGAAGAAAUGCAACGGAUUGCCCAUCUCCUUUUCCUAAUCAGCACAAGCGCCGUUGUUCGAGGUCAACCAGGAAGUAAUGGCUACGUGUACGGAAGUGGAGCGGCGUCCGGAGUGGGAAACGCGCAGGUGAACAGUCAGAGCCAGUCGACGUGGAGCAACGGCCUCCCUUCAACGUACAGCCAGUCGAUGAACAACGCCGGUGGAAGCGGCAUCUCCAUCAGUGGCCAGGCCAACAGCGCCGUCAACGUGGAUCCACAGCAGCAGGACACCAGCAGCCAGGUGGUCAGCGGCAACAGCAACGCCAACUCCAACGGCAACGCCGCCACCGGCUCACUCAACAACCUCGACCACAGCAACUCUGACAACUCCAACGGGUUGACCGUCAUCGGUAAUUCGCAGAUCACCGGCAACGGCACCGGCGUCAGCGUCAGCAACAACGUUAACUCCAACGUCAACAAAUAUCCAAUAACAACGACCACGCCGUAUAGUUGUGACGGUGUUCCUAUUGCAUGCCCGGCAUUUUGCAGUUUUUCUGGAUGUGGCUGCAUAUGCCCGAUCUACGCUGAGGGAGCUGCAGCAGCGCCCAACACUAGUUCCAAAGGGUCAUCGUUAGUCAAGGUGAAACGCCGCUGCAGCGAAUCAGAGAACGCGGAAAUACAGUUCCGCGUUCGCGUACAAUGCAGCGAUCGCAGAGCGUUAAUCGUGCAGCUGCGUCUGGGAUUGGGAAUUUAA